UACUGUGUAACCCGCGUAUUUCCCAAGAAAGAUUCGUUUCGCAAGUGAUUAUCAAGUCUGCUGUGACCCGUCCUAAUCUUUCUUCAUAUAAAACAUCACGUAAACAAUUUUUGGCCAAGGUUAUCCAUUUGAGCUGUAGUGUUCAUCAUGGCCCAAUUUCUAAAGUUUUUCUGCUUUCUUUACGCAUUUUCACAGGUACUACCAAUUGAUAUUGAUGAAUCCCACUACACGAUAGAGGACUAUAUUUGUAUGAACCGUACCGGAAUCGAGAAGUCAUACGUGGAUAGUCACCUUAAUGCAGACUUCGUACUCACCAGAGGAGAUGAGAAACUAACCAAGUUCAUGGCGUGCUGGGGUGAAGAAAUGAAGCUCGUCGAUGACGAAUUGAAAAUUUCUCACUCGGGGUGGGAAAGAGUAGCUAUCCAUAAUAUGUUUAAGUUCAUCGGCAAACCUGAUUAUCCCAAUAAGGAGGAGUUGGCAAAAAAAUUCGUUAACGAUUGCAAAUAUAUCGAAUCCGGAAGCGAUCAUGGAGAUAGUACAAUAUUGAUGCUUAAUUGUAUGCUGGUGCCAUUCCUGAAGCUGAUGAGGCAAUAGACUGGGAAUUGAUCUGUUUAAAAUCUAAGCAAAAGGAACUUUAGCGUAGGUUUUUACUUGUAGUAUAAUAGUAGAAGCUCCCUGGAAUUAUUAAGAUUAAAGGUGUAAUUGAGUAA